AAAAACUAGAUAUCGACCCGCACAACCGUGCGGGUGAUUAUUUUUCAUUUUUAUAUAUAUAAAUAUUUGAUUUAACAUUUACUAUAUUACUAAUAGUUUAAUUUAAUAUUUUUAAAACCAACAAUUUUUAUAGUUUGCAUGCAGUUAUUUAAUUUAGUGUUUCAAAUUAUUAGUGAUAUCUUUUAUUAAAACAUGAACACUAACUAAAACCUUAAAUUAUAUGAUAUUUACGACAAAUUCUGUUCAAUUUUAUAUUAACUUAAAUGCUAAUUUCUAUAUGAUUAUACUUGUAUUUUAGGUUUUGGUCAUACAUAUAUGUUGAUCGAAUUAUUUGUAUGAAUUUAAUCUUUGACUGAAUAACCUAUAUUAAGUACCGUACUUUAUAACACGUCCGCUUCAUUUAAAUUAUUAAAUCGGAAAUUGUAAUGCAUUGUGUUUGUUUUUGAUCUUGUAAACAUGAAUUUUCUCAUUAUUAUCUAUGUUUUUGAGGUUUCUUAUGUUGUCUAUUGGUGUUAGACUUUUUUAAUCCCAAAACUCUUGGAUUAUUUACAAUGAAAUUUUCAAUGUUAAACUUUUAUUUGAAAUUAUUCAUCCAUCAUACAUCAUGUUAUAUAAUUAACACUUAAACUUACAACUAAAUUUGAUAAUAAACACACUGAAAACAAAAUAAUCACAUGAAAGAUAUUUUUUUCAAUCAUUCAUCUGUCAUUUAUGUUAAUGACAUAAAUUGGUACAAUAUCUAUUGCACAAGAUAAAAGAAACAAAAAAAUAUAUAUUAAUGAAUAAUAUAUAGAUAUGGUCUAUAUAAAAAUAAACUUAAUUAUCUUUUUUUUUGUAAACAAAGUAGCCAUAUACUUCUAUUAUUGAAAAUAAAACUAAACCGGCCACUAUAAUAACAAAAAAGGAAUGUACUUUCAAAAUAGCAUUUCUAGACCGAUCAUUCAUAUUGAUAGCAUAUUUUCAGCAGUGUGGUACAAAAUUCUAAAUUAACAAAUCUUAAAUAUUAGAGAUGAGAGACUUAAUUGAAAAUAUUAUGUUAAAUUAAUAUCAUAAAUUAAUAAAAAUUGUACAUGAGUUUAAUAUAAUCAAAAAAUUAAUUACAUACUUAAAAGGUUUAUUUUAGUAAAAAAUGAAAUAUAAAUUAAUAUUUUAAAUAAUUACGAAAUUAAUAUAUUAUUUAAAAGGUUUGUCAAGUGAAAAACAAAAUAAACAUUUAUAUUUUAAAUAAAUACGAAAUACAUAUUUAUAUUGUAAAAAAAGAUAUGAAAAGAUUUUAUUCAAAUGUAAUUAAGAGAAAAUAUAGGAAUAUCUAUUUGAUUUUCUUAGAAUAGUUAGAAUAAUUCAAAUAUGUAUAAAAAAAUUCAUUUAAGUUUUUUUUUAAGGAAUGGUCCAACUUAAAAAAUCACACAUGAAAUGAUGUUGUGACUUCUAUUUUAAUAGAGUAGAUUUCACUCUUGACUUCAGAAAAAGAAUACAAAUUUUUUUCACUCUUUUUCCUUUAGCGCCACGUUCAACAUUUGAAACGCAAACUUGUCACCUUUAUUAGAGAUUUUCCUACAGAACACUUCUGAAGUUGUACGUUUAUAUCUCUGUCAGCGUCCCAAUGAUGGAUGCUCAUGUUCCACCUUCGUCACAUACUCUAUUAGAACUCUGCACCAAUCUCCUUCAAACUCCUCUCAAGUCCAAUAAUGCCCGUUUCACAGCUCAACUGGUCCAUUGCCGCGUCAUCAAAUCAGGCCUCUUCUUCAGCGUCUACCUCAUCAACAAUCUAAUCAACGUCUACUCAAAAACCGGCAACGCUCUCCACGCACGCAAACUGUUCGACGAAAUGCCUCUGAGAACCGCUUUCUCAUGGAACACGGUUCUCUCCGCCUACGCCAAACGAGGAGACAUGAGCUCCGCACGCGAGUUCUUCGAUCAAAUGCCAAAGAAGGAUUCUGUCUCGUGGACCACGAUGAUCGUAGGGUUCAAGAAGAUAGGCCUGUACCGAAAGGCUGUAAGAACUAUGGGUGAGAUGAUGAUGAAGGAGGAAGGUGGGGUUGCGCCGACGCAGUACACGCUCACGAACGUUCUUGCGUCGGUUGCUGCCACCGGGUGUGUGGAAACAGGUAGAAAGGUUCACACUUUCGUCCUCAAGCUUGGCCUUUCGAGUAACGUCUCGGUUUCGAACUCGCUGCUUAGCAUGUACGCGAAAUGCGGUGAUGCUAAGAUGGCUAGAGUUGUUUUCGAUCGAAUGGUGGUUAGAGAUAUCUCUAGCUUGAACGCUGUGAUUGCUUUGCACAUGCAGGUUGGUGAGAUUGAUCUUGCCACGGCUCAGUUUGAGCGAAUGGCUGAGAAGGAUAUCGUCACUUGGAACUCUAUGAUCGCUGGUUACAAUCAGCGCGGGUACGACCUCAGAGCUUUAGAUACGUUUUCAAAGAUGCUUAGAGAGUCCUCCUCUCUGUUGUCGCCGGAUAGGUUCACUCUCUCUAGUGUGUUAUCCGCUUGUGCAAAUCUUGAGAGACUUUCUUUUGGUAAGCAGAUUCAUUCUCAUAUCGUUGCAACAGGGUUUGAUAUCUCUGGGAUUGUGUUGAACGCUAUGAUCUCUAUGUACUCGAGGUGUGGAGGGGUUGACACUGCGAGGAGGCUCGUUGAACAGAGAGGCCACGCUGAUCUCAAGAUCGAAGGCCUUACAGCUUUACUCGAUGGGUACAUCAAGCUUGGAGACAUGAACCAAGCUAAGGUUAUAUUCGACUCGUUGAAAGACCGCGACGUAGUUGCGUGGACCGCUAUGAUCGUUGGAUACGAGCAGCACGGUUUGUACGGCGAAGCGAUAAGCCUUUUCAGAUCAAUGGUUGGAGAAGAAGGAGGGCAGAGACCAAACGGUUACACGCUCGCGGCGAUGCUAAGCGUAGCGUCGAGCUUAGCAUCUUUGAGUCACGGCGAGCAGAUCCACGGGAGCGCUGUGAAGUCAGGGGAAGUGUACUCGGUAUCCGUCAGCAACGCUUUGAUAACGAUGUAUUCAAAGGCGGGUUGCAUUGCGUCCGCGAGGCGGGCGUUUGAGUUGAUACGCUGCGAGAGGGAUACAGUGUCUUGGACGUCGAUGAUAAUCGCGCUGGGACAACACGGCCACGCGGAGGAAGCGCUCGAGCUCUUUGAGACUAUGCUGACGGAGAGACUAAGACCUGAUCACAUAACGUAUGUUGGUGUUUUCUCUGCUUGCACUCACGCUGGUUUGGUCGAUGAAGGGCGUCGGUACUUUGACAUGAUGAAGAACGUUGAUAAGAUUGAGCCUACGCUUAGCCACUACGCUUGUAUGGUGGACCUGUUCGGACGCGCUGGUUUAUUGCAGGAGGCGCAUGAGUUCAUUGAAAAGAUGCCGGUUGAGGCGGAUGUGGUGACGUGGGGGUCACUGCUCUCUGCUUGCAGGGUUCACAAGAACGUCGAUCUUGGGAAAGUUGCAGCAGAGAGGCUGCUUCGAAUCGAGCCAGAGAACAGCGGAGCGUACUCAGCCUUGGCUAACUUAUACUCAGCUUGCGGGAAAUGGGACGAAUCCGCGAAGAUAAGGAAGUCGAUGAAAGAUGGUAGAGUGAAGAAGGAGCAAGGGUUUAGCUGGAUCGAAGUGAAGCAUAAAGUCCAUGUCUUUGGAGUGGAAGACGGGGUUCAUCCGCAGAAGAAGGAGAUCUACGUGACCAUGAAGAAGAUAUGGGACGAGAUCAAGAAAAUGGGUUAUGUUCCCGACACUGCUUCUGUGCUGCACGACCUCGAAGAAGAGGUUAAGGAGCAGAUUCUGAGGCACCAUAGCGAGAAGCUAGCGAUAGCGUUUGGGCUGAUUAGCACACCGGAUAAAGCCACGUUAAGGAUCAUGAAGAAUCUGAGAGUGUGUAAUGAUUGUCAUACGGCUAUAAAGUUUAUCUCCAAGCUUGUGGGAAGGGAGAUAAUAGUGAGAGACGCCACAAGGUUUCACCAUUUCAAAAAUGGGUUUUGUUCUUGCCGGGACUACUGGUGAUGAUCUAACUAAAAGACAGUGUACAAUAAUACUUACCAAACGUAGAGAUUUGAGGUAAACCAACAAAAGUUUUACUCUUUACUGCUUUAGUAUGUUGUAUUGCUAUGUAAGUUCCAUGAACAUCAUUAGUGAGAAUAUGACGACGUGGCA